UUACAGUAGGAAAUGUAGAGAAUUUCUAGUUUAUUUCCUUUGUAUAAGUUUCACUUGAGAUAAAUUUAAAAGGGGAACAUGCUCUGUGAGUAUUUAUAGAGCCAACUUCGAUUUGUUUGGGAUUGAAGCAUAAUUGUUUUUAAUUUGAAGUUCUCAUCUGUAGGAUAAGGAUCUCAGGCAACGCUUUCAAGCUAGUGAACAGAAAUUAGGAAUGUCAAUGCCUCUAGAUCAAGCAAAAGAAAGAGCCAUUCAACUAGAAUCAGAAAUCACAUCACUGGAGAGGUUUAUUAGAGUCAAAAUUAGUAAUGAUGUUGCUGAUUCUGUCUUUUCCUUGGCAAUGACUCAGCGCUUGAUUUUGGCAAGUGGAGUUGAAGGUAUGGAAGGUUUUCGGCAACGAUGGAGUCUACAUGGUCGCGUAACUGAUACCAAGAGAAGGCUGGAGGCACUGAAGGGGGGAAUGGAGAACAGAAAGAAGGAUGAGACAGCAGAAAGUAUCUCUACCAAUAAAAAAUAGUCCUGGUGAAAAUAAUGGUUACUCCCUCACCAUCCAACAAAUUGUUACUUUUGUACUCUUUGGAGUUCUGUUUUACGGAGGCGAAUUCAAGAUUUGAAGUUUUAGGGGUCCCUACAGCGGCCUCAAGUUAAAAUACAAUGAUAUGUGAGUUCAUAAUCAAAAUAUAAAUACAAUAUUCAGUGAAUUUCUUAAUACAUAUAUGUGUUUUGUGUAAAACUAUUGGAUUCAUGUGAACUCAUGUUAUAUGAUAGAUCUGCCUCUA